AUGGUGUUCUCUUUCGACUCCCCGGCCUCUACUGGCGCCUCUAGUGGAUCUCUUUUCGGCACAGCAGGCAAUGCCUUCGGUGCCAACAAGGAUAACAAUGCGUCUAGUGGUGGGCUCUUCGGUAAUGUUGGAGCUUCGUCCACCGGCAACAGCACAUCGAUGUUUGGAGGAAAUUCCGCAAGUGGCCAAAGCACACCAACCUUCGGAAAUGCAGGCGCUGCCAAUGCGACCAAGGGCGGUACCUCGGCCUUCAACUUCGGCAGCAAGGCUCCAUCGGGAACUGGCACGCAGCCUAACCUCUUUGGCGCCACUGCUGGCAACCAGACUCCCAACAAGUCUACAGAAUCGGCCGCACCUGCCGGUAGUACGAUGUUCGGUGGAGCAGGUGCAAAGAAUAUGUUUGGCAACGCCGCUACAACAGCUACCCCCGCUCCCGCGGGAGGCAAUUUGUUUGGCAUCAACUCCACCACCCCUGCUGGUCCUCCGCCGGCAUCUAACCCACCCAGUAGCUUAUUCGGAGUCUCGACUACCCCCACCCUAGCGCCGUCAUCUACCACACCUGCUACUUCACAGGCAUCUAACAAUAUGUUUGGAGGGGGAGCAACCAAGCCGAUUUUUGGUGGCGCAACCGCUACUGCGCCCAGCAGUGGUCCGUUCAGUGGAAACAAGCCGGCCGAUUCAGCCACUCCCACGAGUGCUGCAGAUAGCACUCCUAAGCUCUUCGGCGCAGCUGCACCCGCGGGUGGUGCGCAAAGCUCACAGACACCGUCUAUGUUCAAGAACCUGGCUGCUCCCGGCACUCCUCCUUCCUCCACCGCAAACACAACUCUCUCCCUAGGAGCCCCCACUACCUCGAGUGCUACCCCUCAAAAGCCUUUUUUCCCUUCCGCCGGAAGUGCUACAUCCACGGCUGCUCCGUCGACUACUCCAGCAACAGCUCCUCUUGGAGGCCUGUUUAACACCUCAGCUCCCACAACUACUUCAGGUACUGCGGCCACUACCGCGCCUGCCACUACUACACUCGCUGCACCUACGGGCGGCUUGUUCAGCCAAGCUGCUACUACCACUUCGGCGCAACCAGCGACCUCCGCCAGUUCAGCACCCCAAACGACGGCUGCUUCGACUACAUCCGCUGCUCCAGCUGGGCCCGCCGCCCUUGGCCAGUCUACUGCGGGCCCCGCUCCUCCAGCUCAGUCACGUCUGAAGAACAAAACCAUGGAUGAGAUCAUCACCCGAUGGGCCACGGAUCUCGGCAAAUAUCAAAAGGACUUCCGCGAACAGGCGGAGAAGGUUUCCGAGUGGGACCGUCUGCUGGUGGACAAUGGUACCAAGGUUCAGAAGCUGUACGGCAGCACUGUUGAUGCGGAUCGAGCUACCCAGGAGGUUGAGCGCCAAUUGUCAGCGGUUGAAGGUCAACAGGAUGAGCUCAGCUCAUGGCUGGAUCGAUAUGAGCGUGAAGUCGACGAGAUGGUUACCAAGCAGGUGGGCCCUGGAGAGUCCCUUCAAGGACCUGACCAGGAGCGUGAGACAACCUACAAACUGGCCGAAAAGCUCUCGGAACGCUUGGACGAAAUGGGCAAGGAUCUUACCAGCAUGAUUGAAGAGGUCAAUGGUGCUUCAUCCACAUUGACCAAGACCAACAACGCAGAUGAGCCGAUUUCGCAGAUUGUCCGUAUUCUCAACGCGCACCUGUCCCAGCUGCAGCUCAUCGACCAAGGCACCUCGGACCUGCAGUCCAAGGUCACCGCCGCCCAAAAGGCAGGCCAAUCAAUCUCUGCCCGUCUCGGAUAUGGCUAUCCCAACAAUGGCAUGGGCAACAACAACACUGCUGAUGAUUUCUACCGCUCGUUCAUGCAAGGACGGUAA